AUGGGCGCCUUCAUGGGGUGCUGUCCGACUGCUGCGGCCAGCAACCGAGUGAGUGCAGACAGCUUUUCGUCGGAUGCAGUGAUCUACGCGCGGGACGACCACACCAGCACGUUUCAGCAGGUCAGGCUAGCGCGGGAUCUUCAUAAAUUUGCAGGUGGUACACUUUGGCUGGAGUUUGUCUACGAGGACAUCCUGGAGGAGGUGAGGAAGGCGUUUGCUACCCAAAACACCGAGGACGAUGCUGAAGCACUGGAUGCUGUGCUCGCGUCCAUUAAGCACAACGGCUGGUCCGUCGAGUUUAAUAAGUCCCUCGUGAACUUGCUGGUCGUUGCACGGAAGCAUGGCAUGACAUUUCAUGCCUUGGAUGACCCCGAGUGGUCCAAAGAUGCCUUCAUCGCGAAGUACGGAAGCAAUCUGGGUGGCAUGCGCUAUUUGGCCAAUCGAGCAUCACAUCUUGACGACCAUGAGGGAGCUACUUCAAGAUGGUGUGACAAGAUUGUGAAGAUGAGGUCCCAGCAGUCAGGACCCAUUGUCAUUCUGGGUGGUGCAGAACACGGGCCACCCCUCGUUGAGUUCAUGAAGGCACGAAUCAAUGCUGAAGUGCGCUUCAUGUACACUGAUUUUGAAGAAGCACAUUGA